GAUCAUGAAAACCCAAUGCUCCAGUAUUAAAAUCAACUCAUUUGUUUAAUUUUUCCAUGUAAAUGCCAGCAGCUAUUGCAAGAAUGGGGAUUUUUCUAGCUCAAUGCUUUCAGCAACUACCCACUUCACUCAGAUUCUAUGAAUAGAGAGACGAUUGGGAGCAGCAGGAGUAGUAUGGUGUAACAGAUUGGAAAAGGAGAAUGGAAGAAAUGUACAGCUCCAUCUCUCAAGACAUAAUUUCACUUGCAUGUGACCUCACUUCCUGGAAAAUGUCCUUCCUACAGACAUAGCAUGUGGUUAUCAGGUGCCUUUUUAUCCCUCUCUUAUCAGUGUUGUAACGUUUUAUGGCACUGAAGUCUUGAGGGUAGAAGGUUCACCACACCCUGGCUGCGUGGUCCUCUCUGUUUUUUGGAUACGUUAAAAGUAGCGAUUCAAAGAUAAGUUAUAAUAAUCUUUUGGAACUUAACCAGGUCAAAGGGAUUUUCUGUGAAAGGUGCAUGUCACACCAUACAGUCAUCAUGAAUAAGCCAAAAAAAGAUGAUAUUUAUGCAUAUGCGCUGUCCAAGACCCUGACAAAAGUUUCAUCGCCUGCAACUGUAGGACUCUACUCUUCAUGUCAGAAUCGAAUUAACAUGAUCCUCGGACAAAUGGAAGUGUACAUGGAGCAGGAAGCUUUGAGGACUCAGCAGGAAUAUGAGGGAAGAUACAGGCCUCGCUCAGUUACGCCUUCAUUUAGUGGCUUUCUAGCACUCAUUGGCCGAAUGCUCUUCUACAGGCCCAUUUGGACAGAGGAGAACCAGCAACAUCAUAACAUCAGGUUCAUUCAUGUACAUUUUAGUGCCUGGCAUUUUGCAGGCAGUGACCUGCUUUGGGCCGGGCUAGCCAUACGGCUGUUUCAUGCCAUGCAGAUGAACUUUGGGAAAUUACGGAUUGUACUAUACCGUGUUGCUCAACAUAAUGAAGAAGACGAAAUCAAGAACAAGACAGUGGAGAAUGGUCCCAACCAUUGGAGGUCCAAAAAGGUUUGCUGCUGCCCUCUGUGGUUUCUCGUCCUGUCCAUUCUUGUGGUACCAAUUAUCAUCCUGGUAUUCGUGUUGACUUUUAGCCUUCCCAAACCUGAGGUAAAACCAGGCGGGGCAGUGAAUGGAACAAACUGCCAGGUUGAUGUGCUGGAGGGCCUGGCCAUUGCUGUCUUUGGAGUCCCUGCAGCAAGCGCAUUGAGGUUUGUCUUUCUGAUUGGUAAGAACCUUAUCUUCAACCAGGAAAAGAACAUAAAGAAGGGGAUGGACAAUGAGCGGGUCAGCAGCCAUCUGGGCUUCAUGAACGAAGUGAGGAAGGAAAUGUGGUUUCUGUCUCGAUUCAUCCAGUUUAUGGAGGUGUUUGAGAGGAGGAGGAUCCGGGUGGUACUGCAGAUCACCAAUCUGGACCGUUGCUCCCCCCAAAAAAUUGUCGCAGUUUUGGAUGCCAUCAACAUUCUGCUUUCAGAUGAGGAAUGUCGAUAUAUUUCUAUUCUGGCCGUCAACCCAGAUGUUCUUGUGGAGAAAGUGAACUUUGCAGAUGGCUGCUUUAGCAAAGAGGACAGAGCUUAUUCACUGUUACACCGCAUCGUGACUCUGGCCUUCACGAUCCCACCGCUGUGCGAUGAUUCAAAGCGCAGUUUAUUUUACAGCCUCACUAGUAAUUCAAAAAACCCUGAGGACAUAAGCAUGAGCCGAAAUAAACGUAGAACUGGGGGCCUCGAAAAGACAUCCUCCUCAGAUUCAUUGUCACUGGAGAUUGCAUUUGAAACAAAAGAGUCAUAUCCACUGAUGGACAAAACUACAGCAGACCUGGAUGUAAAUGAGGAGGAAGUAGAAAUGUUGGUCCGGAGCAUCCUGACCAGCAAUGAAAGGAAUCUAAACACGUACAUGUUUGAGGAUGCCAUGUCUAUGAGGAGGGCUAUCAACUCCAUUCGGGUGACUGUGAUAAUCAUGAAGACUUUAAAGAAAGAGCUUCCUCAACCAGAAUACAUCGCAGCAUGGGUGGUCUUGGCCAAUCAGUGGCCUUGCCGCCUCAGCUGGAUCAUCCAGUGUGUGGAAGACGCUCAGCAGAGAGCAGAUAUUGAUCGUAACAAUACAGCAAACACUGAUGAUUCAAAGACCUUGUGGACAGUGUUCAGCGAGUCCAGGGCAGAGCUGUAUGUGAUGAGUGCACAGAUUGAAGACCUCCUCGAGCAGGAUGGAGAUCCUGAGAUGUUUGAAAAAUUCCUCGCGGUAGAUUUCCAAUUCACUGUGAAGGACUUGAAGACAUUUGAAGAAGCGACGGUGAACCUGGAUCAUUCAAUUAGGAAGGAGCUGGCUCACAUCAGAGGGACAUCUAGGCUGAAGGAUUCUGGUUGGAUGAGGAACCUAGCUCCUCUGCCAAUCACAACUAUCAUCAAUAUGAAGAAAGAGGAUGUAUGUGAAGAGUUGGAGAGGAUGGAAUACCCCCGUAAGUACAUUGAUACUGUGAAAAGCCAUAACCUCAACGGUGCAGCACUGGUCUUUGGUGAUGCAGAUGAUCUUAAAGACCUGCUAGGUAUGACCUUUGGUGAAUGGGCAACUUUCAGACUCCACUUCCUGGGUUUACCAUCACAUCUCCGACCACAAUACAAGAACAUGGCAAUGACACAUUCUCAUCCUCAGAACAAGCUGUCUGGAGUUCCCCUCCAUGUUUCCAAUCAGUACUCGUCUAAUCCCAGUCUGAUUAACAGCUAAAUUUCAAUCCAUUUCCAGUAAGUGCAAUAUCCCUAUAAUUAUUAUCUGCAUUUGUAACAUUUAUUAACAAUCUUUACAGUAACAAUACCGAGUUUGGGAGUUUAUGUAAGUGUGAAGUAAUUACAUUCACUUUGCAGGAGCUUGUGAAAAACUUUUGAUUCUGCCAAGAAAAAUAUCUUCUGUAACUAUGUCAAAUAACUAUCACGUACAUGUUGUUCUUUUACUUAAAGGGACCAAGCCCAACAAUGAUAGCUGUAGUUUUACACACAAUAGAUGUCCAAUAAGUCAACCGCAGUUGACAUGAUUGCACAUUUGUGUUUUUCAUGGAUCCUAUUUUCCUAUAAUGAAAAGGUCUUUUUCACAGUAGAUAUUUUGAAGUGUCACACUAGGAAAAGCACAUUUAUGAUGGCUGAAUGUCAUUUGGCUUCUUCAGGUUCAGGGUCCUGGUAUUGUGCAUGUUGGCUCACUGUAACACUUGGGAGAAAAAAUAUAAAAUAAAACGGAGUCAUUGUUAAUGUCACUAAUAAUAACACCUGUGCUUUUCCUGCUACAAGUCAACAUGUCUGCUGUGAAAAGACCUAUUAUGAGACACACUGUUGUUGUUUUUACAGAAAAGCUGUGGAACAUACCUAAAGACAAUACAGAGCAAAUAUUGUUUUAACAUUGCUUUUAAAAUUAUUUUCAGUAAUAUUAAAAUAUAUCAUUACAGAUUACAUGACCUUAUUAUUGGAAAAUAAUAAGCUUAACCUGUUAAAAGCCUCUAUUUUCAAUCUGUCAGUCUUGCCACACUAUCACACUAAAGUGUGAUAUGCACAUUAAGAUAUGGUGUUGGAUCAACCUUUAGUUCACUUAGGGUUAACAGAAGGCUCCAUAUAAAAAAUUGCAACUUGAUUGUAGGUUUCUUUUUUAUGUUUUGAAUGUAUUUAAAUGUUCUGUUUUGUUUGUUUGUACUGUAACUUUUACUGUGGCUUUAUUCUGGAAUCAGUGAAUGUUUAUAAUGAGGUGUGGUGUGCCUAUACCAUACAUCAUAAAUGCAUGCUAGUUUGCAAGUUUGGUACUAUAACUUUUUUUUUAUUUUUAUUUUAACGUUUAGGUUGUGGAAAUUCCUUAGAUGCAGACAUAGUAGGAUUACAUGUUAUUUCAGAACCUGAACUGGCUUUAACAAGCUAUAUUUGGUAUUUCAUCAAUUAAAAUUCAUUUGGGAAUACUUAUUGAUCCUUAAGAAGAAAAUAAGUACUUAUUAAUACUGUAUAUGUGCUGCAGUAAACUGUAAUUCCCUAUUUCAUGCAAAUCAACAAAAUGUAAAGUCUGACAAAUGAAAUGCAUAUGCAAGUGUCCCAUAACUAAAAUGCCCAUCCAAGC